CGGGCGGCGGCGGCGCCGGGCGAACGGGCAGGGGGAGGAAGGAAGAAGGAAAGAAGGAAAGGAAGGACGGACUGAGCGACGCGGCGCCGGCUCGGAGGAGCUGCGGCCGCGCCCGUGCGUGUCGGCGGGUGGCCAGGAUGGAUCACCACCAGCCCGUCAGCCGCUACCAAGUGCUCCACAAUGAGGAUGACCCCCCAGAGUCUUCAGCAGCUGAGCAGCCCUCGACGUCUGCAGAGACUCCGCAGCCUCCGCAGACAGCAGCCUUACCCGAGGCAGAUACUUCCCCUCCUCCUUACUGUAGCAUAGCUGUGGAAGCAGCUGCAACCUCAGACUCACACAAUGAGUUUUAUCCUGUACCACCUCCAUACAGUGUAGCUACCUCUCUUCCUACAUAUGAUGAAGCAGAGAAGGCCAAAGCUGCAGCCAUGGCAGCUGCUGCAGCUGAAGUUGCCCAGCGAGAAGAAGAGUAUCCACCACGGGAUGAUUUCAGUGAUGCAGAUCAGCUUAGAGUGGGCAAUGAUGGCAUCUUCAUGUUGGCAUUUUUCAUGGCGUUUAUUUUCAACUGGAUUGGAUUUUGUUUAUCCUUCUGUAUAACAAAUACCAUAGCUGGAAGGUAUGGUGCAAUCUGUGGAUUUGGUCUCUCCCUGAUCAAAUGGAUUCUCAUUGUACGGUUUUCAGAUUAUUUUACUGGAUAUUUCAAUGGACAGUACUGGCUUUGGUGGAUAUUUCUUGUACUUGGUCUCCUCCUGUUCUUUCGAGGCUUUGUUAAUUAUCUUAAAGUCAGAAAUAUGUCUGAAAGCAUGGCAGCUGCUCACAGAACAAGAUUUUUUUUCUUGUACUGAAGACUGCAUCGAACAGACAUUCCUUUCCUAUGCUGGUGUGAAACUUCCAGACGAUCUGUAACCCUCCAAGUUAAUAAGAUAGAAGACUACUAAAACCAGAAGACAAAUUAAUGAAAAUAUGGCUUCAAAAAUGAAUGACAGGAUGUUUAUGAUCAAGUACCAGUUCUGGUCAUUCUAGUAAAUAUUUAUAAUUGCUGCCUUUUGUUUUAGCACAUUUGGAUAUGUGCUCGUUAGAAAGAUGGUAUUGAGGUAAAAACAAACUAUCUGUAAGUAUAAAUUAGGUACAGACAGACUCAGUUAAUCUGUGCUUGUUCUAUCUGAAAGAUUUGAGUGGUAUCUUUUUUCACAACUUGUAUGUACCACUGACUUGAUGAUCUGAAUUUCUGAGUACAAUGAAAUGCAUUAAAUGAUUCAGAUUAAGCAGUUCAGAUAGUUUUCUUUUAUAUAAUUUAGAUUCAUCUAAUGAUUGUAUAGAACAUUUUUAAGUUUACUAAACCCCAAAGCUCUUUGUCACAAACUUAGAUUUGCCAGUAUUACAUUGAAUUCAAACCAGUAUACUGGUUUGUGCUAAAACUGAUACACUUUGAGUCCCCUGUAAAUAACUCUGCAUAAAUGACUGUUUUAAUUGCUUCUUAGGAAAUAUGUCAAAAUAUAUUUUGUAACAGCAUAUUAUCUAAAUUUUGUUUAAUCUUAGAGCUAUAUACAUAUUUUUUGUUAAUUGGCUAUUAAAAGUUUAGUUAGUAGUAGAUGUAAUUUUGGAGGUUUGCAUUCUUGAGGUCACUAUAAAUACAACAUCCACAUUGAGUGCUUCUCAAAUAAAAAUCAUACAACUACUUUAUAAUGCUUGUUUAGAAUAAAUACUACUUUCAUAAGAACAAACUAGUUUAAAUGCAAGGUAAUUUGGGAAGUAAUUGAAGAAGGAAAAAGGUUUUUUUAAAGCUCUGAAAGUAGAAAACGUGUUUUACCUCGCCCUUAAUUCGUUUAAGGUAUACCAUUUUGUUCUUAUAAAUAUCAUCUCUGUAAGGGGUACUGUCUACAGUUCAUGCACAUGUAGUUUCUUUUAAAGUUUGUGAAAUUUAUGCUUCUUCUUUAAAUAGAAGAAGACAUCUCUCAGUCCUUUGUACAACUGGAAUCUCAGUUGCAAAAAUACAUUGGCUGUCGGUUGCACCUUUGAGGAAAAAGAGUACAAAUAGUUUCCUCCAUUUUUAUUUUUAAUUAGAAUUCUGCUUUUUUACUACUAACAUUAAAACCAGUGAGGUUUAUGUUGUGUUAAGCUAGUGCUGUAUUGAGUUUUGUAUCUAUAAUGAAUGUUUAAAAUAUGCAUAUAUAAACAUUUUCAUUUUCCUAAUCUUUCAGAGAUAACUGAUAGUGACUAAAAUUUUAGGGGCACCUCUACUUCUUGGCUUUUUAUGGAAAGAAGAAAGUUAAGUACUAUGUUCAAUAUCCUAUUGGGAUUUCCUUCUAAACUUCUAUUUGUUUCUGUGUUCUUUUGCAUUCAUUGUCCAGAUGAAAAAGAAGCGAAUAAUAAAGCAUUGCUUUGUUUUGCUAAU